AGCUCCGCCGUCAGCAGUGGAGAAACGUGAUUGUUGUCGGCCCUGAACAUGGUGAAAUCAGGGAAACUUCGGUCGGGGACCGGGGUGAAGUUGAAGCGCUGGAAGAAGGGACACAGCAGCGACUCCAACCCGCAGACUAGCCGGUUCCGACAGGCUGCGAAAAGCCGCUUUUUCAGCAGACCCAGCGCGAAGAGCGACCUGACUGUUGAUGCUCUCAAGCUUCACAAUGAGCUGCAGGCUGGGCCCCUGGAGCUUAAGGCAGGGGCCCGUAAGGAUACUCAAAUGGAAGAGGAGCCUGAUGAGAGGCUGUCGGAGAGAACAUCGGGCACCUUCCUGAGUGGCCUGUCCGAUUGUUCCAACCUCACAUUCAGAAAGGUGCAGCGCUUCUGGGAGUCCAACUCCGCUGCUCAUAAAGAGAUUUGUGCAGUUUUAGCUGCUGUUACUGAAGUGAUCCGAAGCCAAGGCGGGAAGGAAACAGAGACGGAGUACUUUGCUGCUUUAAUGACGACCUUGGAAGUUGUGGAAUCAGAAGAAUCUCAGGCUGCAGUGGCUUAUCUUCUCAACCUUGUCAUAAAACGUGUUCCAGCUCCAGUACUUAAGUCCAAGUUCUCAGACACCACCAAGGCUCUCAUGGAUGUAAUGUCUAAACAGGUUUCAUCUGAUGCAUCUUCAGCUCUCAGAUGGAUCUUGUCCUGCUUGGCCACUUUGUUGAGGAAGCAGGAUGUUUCCGUCUGGAGCUACCCAUCUACACUGCAGGCUUAUCAUGGUCUGCUCAGCUUCUCGGUGCACAGCAAGCCAAAGGUCCGUAAGGCAGCUCAGCAAGGCGUUUGCUCCAUUCUUCGAGGCAGUGACUUCCUCUUUACUGAUGACGCUCCAAACCAUCAUCCUGCUGCUGUCACUACAGCCAAGUUUUGCAUCAAAGAAAUAGAGCAGGCAGGAGGCAGCAAAGAGGACACCACCACCCUCCACGUGCUCUGCCUCCUGAAGGAGCUGAUGGGAUCGUUUCCUCUCGGAGCCGUUAAGUCCUGCUGUGAAACUCUGCUGCGUGUCAUGACUCUGAGCCAUGUGAUGGUAACAGCCAGUGCCAUGCAGGCAUUUCAUCGGCUCUUCAUUGCAAAGCCGAAUGCGUCAUCCCUCUCUGCAGAACUCAAUGCCCAGAUCAUCACGGCUCUCUAUGACUACCUUCCCAGUGAGAAUGACCUGCAGCCUCUGCUAGCCUGGAUUACCGUCAUGGAGAAAGCACAUGUUCACCUGGCAAGUUUGCAGAGUUCUCUGAGUUUAGGUCACCUCCCUCGGCUGUUCUCUGCCACCAUGUCCUGCCUGCUGUCGCCCCACACACAGGUGGUCUCUGCUGCCACCAACACACUUAAGAGUUUGUUGACCGAGUGUGUUGCUCCUCACAUGGAGGAAAUGGGGAUGAUCACUGCCACUGCCUCUGCAGGGAACCCCUCAUAUGUCUGUAAAAUGUUUCGCAUUGUGGAGGAAGGAUUAUCCUAUCGCUUUCAUGCCUCGUGGCCCUUUGUGCUGCAGAUCCUUGGCUGCUUUUACAGAGUUGCAGGAAAACAAGCUCACCCUAUCAUGACUAAGUCCCUGCAGUCCCUGUCAGAUCUGCGGUCCAUCCCUCAGUUCUCCUUCAGCGGGGAGUUGGACCUGGCUGUGGGAGGCGCUGUGGAAAGCAUGGGGCCUGAAGUGGUGCUGGCCGCUGUGCCUCUCAACAUCACUGGCUACAAUGAUGACUUGGAGUUCCCUCGCAGCUGGUUGGUUCCAGUCAUCCGAGAUCACGUGAAAAACACUCGCCUUGGUUUCUUUGCUUCUUAUUUUCUCCCUUUGGCCACUACACUCAAGCAAAGAGCUGAAGAGUUGGAGCAAGAAGGAAAGAAGCUGGAAGCAAAAGUCUACCAGACAUUACAGCUUCAGAUUUGGACCAUGCUUCCUGGCUUCUGCACAUGCCCAGUGGACCUGACUGCGUCCUUCAAGGGCGUCGCCCGGACGCUCGGCAUGGCCAUUAACGAACGGCCAGACCUGCGCCUCACCGUGUGCCAAGCUCUACGUACGCUGAUCAACAAGAGCUGCUCCACAGCGGAAGAAAAGGCAGAAUUGGGACGGUUCUCCAAAAACUUCCUGCCCAUCCUUUUCAACCUGUACAGCCAGCAGCCUGCAGACGGGGACUCUGGUGCUUAUAGGAUGGCUGUGCUCGACACCAUCAAAGUCUACUUAACUGUCACUGAUGUGCAGCUGAUCUGCACAUUGCUGCAAAAAGCCUCUGACCGGCUGACCAGCACGGAGAGCGUUGAGUUCACACGGCUUGCAGUGAUGGACCUUGUGGUUGCCAUGGCUCCCUUCGUUGAUGAAAGCUCUAUGGUCAAAACGUUUGAGCUCAUAAGACCAUAUAUGGAGGCCAAAGAGCCGGGCAUGCAGAAGAAGGCGUACCGCGUGUUGGAGGAGAUGUGCGGAGCAGAGAGAGAUGAGUGUAAAUCCUUUGUCCUGUCCAACCUGGAAACUCUGAAAACUGUCCUACUUGACACUCUUAAAAAUGCUUCUUCACCUGCAAAGAGGCCGAGACUCAAGUGUCUGAUCCAUAUCGUGAAAAGGUUGAAUGAGGAGCACAAAGGAUUCAUCACUGCGCUGCUGCCAGAGGUGAUCAUCUGUACCAAGGAGGUUUCUGUUGGAGCUCGUAAGAACGCCUACAGUCUUCUGGUGGAAAUAGGAAAUGCUUUCGUUCGCUUCUGUGGGAACAAAAAAGAUGCGAUGGAGGAGUAUUUGGGUCUGGUGUAUGCAGGACUCACCGGAUCCGUCACCAUGAUCACAUGCACCAUUUUGGCAUUGACUCGUCUUGUGUUUGAAUACAAAGACUCGAUAGAGGUUUCCACCAUGGAGCAGCUGCUGCAGAACGUCUGUCUGCUGCUGUCGUCUCGAACCAGGGAGGUCGUCAAAGCGGCUUUGGGCUUCAUCAAAGUCAUCCUUUUCAUUAUGGACCCCAAAGCUUUGGGCUCACAUGUUACCCUUAUGAUUGAGGGAGUUGGAAACAUCAAGGAUGAUGUAAGAAGGCAUUUCAGAACCAAACUCAAGAACAUCUUCACUAAAUUUAUCCGAAAGUUUGGCUUUGAGCUGGUGAAGAGCAUGCUGCCUGCAGAGCACCACAAGGUGCUGACAAACAUCCGCAAAGCCGAGGCCCGAAACAAGAGGCGGAAACAGGUCGCAGAGGAGCAGGACGCAUCGUCAGAGAGCGAAGAGGAGGCGCCUAAAGGAAAAAGCGAAAGUAUUGAAGACAUCCUGGCUGAGUCCGACAGUGAUUUGUCUGAGGAUGAAGGAAAGUCUCGUAACACCCAGAAGAAAUCAAGCAAACAGAAAGGGAAAGCGUGGCUGAAGGAGGGAGAGGGAGAUGAUCCUUUGAACUUCUUGGAUCCAAAGGUUUCACAGAGAGUUCUAGCCACAAAUCCACAGCUGAAGAAGACCACCAAGAUCGAACACGGUUUCAAGGUGACGUCCGAUGGCCGGCUCAUCAUCAGAGAGGAUGACGAGAACGAUGGGAAAAACAAAGGUGCAGAAGAGAUGGAUGACAUCCUGGAGGCAGCAGGAGUGAAAUCCAAAAAAUCCCAGAAGAGAAAGUUUCAAGAUGACAAUUUAGACGAGGACAUGGAUGUUGAACCUCAAAUGAAAUAUAAAGCCGGCGGCUCGGGUAUCCACAGACCUCUGGGGCGAAGUCAAGUUGGAUCCGAUUAUAAAUCAAAGAAAGGAAAAGGAGAUGUGAAGAAAAGAGGAAAGCUGGAUCCUUACGCUUACAUCCCUCUGAAGAAGGACCAGCUCAAUCGCAGGAAGCGAGCCAAACUGCACGGUCAGUUCAAAGGUAUGGUGAGAGGUGUCCAGAAGGGGGCGCAGUCUGGAAAGAAAAUGCAGAAGAAAAAAAGGAAAGCUUGAAGAACAUGACUUACAUUGUUUAUUGGACUGCUUUUGUAAUGUGUGUGUCAAAGUGAGAGCACCCCUGGAUAUGUGUGUGUGUGUUUCAAAGAUACUCUGAAACUUUAUCAGUUUACAUCAUUCAGUGGGAUGGAAAUGAGAAUUUCUUGCUGAUUAUGCUCCCCUUGCCUUGUUGUUACUCAAGUGGAAGGAAGAAGAAAAUCGUAGCUGUUCUCAUUUCAACAUGCCCCAAAUUGAUUGCAUUUAUACAGACACAACAGUUUUGUUUUAAUUUCCACAUUUGACCACAUAACAUUGCUGCAGUCUUGUGUACUGUAAAUUGUGAUAAAGCAUUCACUGAUGCCAUAUGGCUCCUUCAAGUAUAUUAUUAAAGUGAAUUAUGGAGUGCAAAGUGAA